UCCCAUUGUAUCUGCUACAUCGAGCGACGUGAAGAGCUAACGCAGUGGCGAGCAGUAAUCAUAUUUCAUAAAUCGUUCGAUCGCGAGACUUCGCGCUAUCGGCGUAUAUGAGAUUUUAAACGGAAAAUGAAUCGACAUGACGGGGUAAGUUGUGACGCCUGCUUAAAGGGGAAUUUUCGGGGUCGCAGAUAUAAGUGCCUCGUAUGCUACGAUUAUGAUUUGUGUGCCAACUGUUACGAAGGAGGUGCCAGUACUACACGUCACCACAGUGAUCAUCCUAUGCAGUGUAUACUUACUAGAUCUGAAUUCGAAUUAUAUUAUGGUGGAGAGGCAGUAAGUGUAGAACAGCCACAAUCUUUAACUUGUCCUUACUGUACAAGAAUGGGUUUCACUGAAGCUACACUACAAGAACAUGUUGCUGCAGAUCAUUCAGAUACUUCAUUUGAAGUUGUUUGCCCAGUGUGUGCAUCUAUUCCAGGAGGAGAUCCUAAUAACGUGACUGAUGAUUUUGCGGGUCAUUUAAGUUUGGAACAUCGUAGUGGACCAAGAGAUUUGAUCUCUUUUCUAGAUGAACCAGCUUCAAGUAGAUAUACUGGUAGACGGAUAACACAUUCAUCUAGAGUUGUUGGUGGGCCACGGCCUCGCAGGUCCAAUAUGCAUUUCAGUUCGUCUGGAGGAUUGAGUCCGAGUAGUCGAGAAGGUAUAGAUCCAAUUACAGAAUUACUUUCUCAAUUAUCCGGUGUUCGUAGAAGUGGUGGAGGAACUGGUCAGAGUUCGUCAGCACCAACGCAAUUACAUCAAUUGCAAAUGCAGCUACAAUUAGAACGACAACAAGUUAGAGCUGCUAGACAACAAUUGGAACGGUUACCUAGGAGGCAGACUCAAGUUCUUGGUUCUGCAAGUUGUGGAGGAAUUAUUAGUGGAAGUGGUCAUUCUACUACUAUGACCAAUGUGGUAGCAAAUAGUACGACUAGUAACAAUAAUACAAAUAAUGUGGCGAACCCGUCCGGCGUAUCAUCUACCAGUUCACAAAACUAUAUGUUUCUAUUGCCAAAAUGUAUUACCAGUUCUCUCUCUGACUCACAGUUGCAAAAUAUUGAACGUGAAAGUGCAAAUAGAAGUCUUUUUACGUGCGAACUUAUUCUUGGAACGCUUUGUCAAACAUUGCCGGAAUUAACACAGGAACAAUCUGUAGCACAAACACCAGUAUCAAGUGCAACUACUGCUACAAAUAGUCCCGAAACACCAAAUGCUAAUUCUUCCACAAUUUCUACAAAGAAAUUAAAUGUAACUCAAGAAGCGAAAAGGGAUCAAACAAUGAAUAAACAUGUAACGCAGACAUCUACGCAACAAUCACAUACUGUUCAGACUACUACUGCUGGUAGUGUAGGGACAGGUCUUCAAAGUCAAGGAUUGCCUCCAAAUUCUAAUAAUCUUGCGUUACAAAAUACACCUAUGGUUCAAACACUGAUGCAUAGUGUAUUACCUGAAUCAUUGGUAUUGCAGGAACCACUGUCACUACCAUAUAGUAGAACUAUCAGAGAACCGAUAGUAACUCCAGCGCCAGCGUACCUUAGAGGUGGAGUUGGUCCAGUUGGCGUAACAGGUCCUUCACGUAGGAAGCCGGUUAGAGCUGUAGAUGGCAGAAACCAAUCUACGGAACCUCCGCCCCCACACUAACCCUUCCUUAGCCCGUACCCAUCCACCCUGAUUCCUCACAGGACCCUCUAGCACUAGUCCUAGCACUGUUUAGAACACCUCAUCAUUAUUGUUAUUAUUAUAAUAUUAUAUAUUAAUAAUUAUUCAAAUGCCCUCCUCCUCACCCUCCCUAUCUUAUCACUUCUCAAAACUCUAAUCUCGCCAUCUUUUGUCGUUAUGUGACAUGGAACAAGGGCAAGGGCUGAUUCGCCGACAUAUGCAAAUAAUGUAAAUAACUCACUUCUUGCAGUCAUAUACACUCCUCGCUAGAGGUUGAAAACGGUUAUAAUAUGAGUUCGGAUUCUCAAAACAGUUGUAAGAACCGACAUAAUGUAACAGUUGUAGGUGAAGAAAGUUCUGAGGGUGCAGGGCCUAUAUCGGUUAUGGAUACAUUUCUGGAAUUUGUUAUGUUUUAUAAAUCAGUUAUGUAUCAAUUCUGUACGUUUCUAAAAAUACAUUAAUUAUAUAUCAAUUUUGAAUUGAUUGAACAUUAAUUUAGCACUAAUUUAAGAUAUUAUUAACACUAACAUUAUUAAUUUUUAUAAUAUAUCAGUUAAAUAUUAAUUUUAUAACAAUUAUAAUUAUUGAUUAUUUAUCCUUUUAACAAAAUGAUAUAGAAUAUUUUUUAUAUAAAAAUAUUUAUUUCUAUAGAUUUCAAAUCAAAACUGUCCAUCAAUUGCUCAAGAAUAUAUCUGUACUUUACUUUUAUUUUAACAGUUAUUCUUCAGAAUUUGUUUACAAUACAUUUUUUUAUUAUUAAAUUUCUUUAUUUGCAAAUCAAAAUUUGUUCUCAUAUCUUGUUCCAUAUAAAAAAAAUGAAUUGAAAAAUAAAAUGAUAGGAAUCUAAUUUUUACAAAAUCGAUAUAAUAAAAGAGUGCAACAUUAUAAUCAGAACCGAUAAAAAUCAGAACUUUUUUUUAUCUAUAAUAAUUUUAAUAUUAUUUUGGUUCUUUAUAAUUGUUUAAUUAGAAUCUUUAUAACAUUUAUUAACCGUUAUUUAUGGAACUUUCUCAAUCUCUGCUCCUCGUACACGCUCUUCAGCGAGUCUUGCCACGUUCUACAUCGAUAUUAUAUCCACUUACAAUAACUUAAUCGAGGCUAGAGACGGGCAGGUAAAAAUAAUAAUAAUAUAAUUAUAUUAGCGUUUUAUGUUUGGUGGUUGUAUGGGUUUGUUAGAACAGAAUUAGAUUGAUAAAAUACUCAGUUUUAUUUAACACAUAAAACCUCGGGAAUGUAGAAACUUUAACAAUUCACAAGACGCACUGCCCGUCAUACGCACCAGUUUAAUUGUGUUUAAUUUAAACUGGUAAAAUUUUUUUGGUCGUCGAAUAUUAAAUACAUUUCUUAAAAAUUAGUUAUUAUUGUCAUAUAUAUCUUUGAAAUAUGUUUAAUGAUAAAAGAUUUAUAAAUUUAUCUGGGUUGGUCCGUUUACAUUUACGUAUCUUAAUCAUUAGACAAUUAUUUUAAAAAAAAGUAUUAAUAAUUUUAAUCUAUAAUUUAUGGUAUCAUAAAAGUUUAUAUGCAUUAACGUUUUGUUAAAAAAGUUUUAAGUAACCAAUUAUCGAGGUUUAAAUUAUUUCAAAAUUAAUAAUUAAAGUAAAAAUUAGUUAGCGGACCAUUCCUUAAUAUAUUUCAAUUGCUCAGAAAUUAAAAUUUUAAAAUGGAGGGAUUAAACUGGGUGCUAAAAUGUUAAUUAAAUAAAUCUUGAAUCAUUUUUUCUAUUAAAAUCAAUCGUAUUUAUUUAUAGUAUUUGUUAUGAACUUUUUUUUUUCGUUACUGUUUUGAAUUUCUCCAUACAUUGCACUAAACAUGUUUUAAAAAUAUUAUAUGAAUUUUUUUUAAAUGUUCAUUUAUGUAUCUAUAAUCGCUCCAUUUUAUAAUGUGAAACGAAAUAAUAUUUGUAUGUGUGUUCGCUUUUUUUUUCGAUAAUAGAUUAUUGAUUUGGUAUAUAUGAGAAUUAUACGAUGUAUCGAAGAAAAAUUGAGGAAUGUUUGUAUUCUGUUUCUUCGAAUUGAAAGAUGCUAAAAGUAUAGUUAAUAUUUCUUUUACAUAGAAUUUAAUGGAAAAUAAUGCAUGUACGUAAUAUGUGCGUAUGACGCACGCAAAUGCAUUCGAAACUUGUGAAGAUUCUACUGAAAGUAGAACCUGAAAACGCUCGUACAAACGAGCAAUAAUUAUUUUUCAAUUAUGUUUAACUCUUACUGCUCCCUCCUUCCCCUUUUUUUUUUUAAUUUUUGCCUAUAUUUCUCGUUUAUCAUUUAUGUACAUUUCAUAUUGUAAUUAAUUUCCCUUGUAUUACUUUCUGAUCUUAUGUUAUUUGAUUUGUGGGUGUAUCUGCAAGAUGUGGAUGAAAAUGAAGUAAAAUUAUACAUAUACAUAUAUACAUAUAAACUUGUAAAAAGUUAUGCAAAAUAUGUAGCGUGUGAUUUAAUUUUUUUGUCUUAUGCUUUCGCGUGUUCUGGCAUUCUCGAUGGUAAAUUCAAAACCGAGUUACUUAUGACAUUACAAAUAACCAAAGGUAUUAAAAAUAUCAUACGUUUCGUUCUUUUUUAUUUUCCUUGAAUCUUUCAUUCAAUUAUAAUUUUAUAUUUUCAUUUAAAUAUAUUAUCCGCUUCACGCACCUAUUUUCAGAUAUUUCUAAUAACUUCUCGUAUUUCUCUUGUGAUGUAUGAGUUGGAAACAAUAUAUAAAAUAGUGAAGCAACGAUAUGUAAAAAAAAAGUAUACUAAUUGCCUUAACGCGAAAUGCCUGAAAAGAGAAAAGUCCAGUCUUUUAUGGAAUGUAUGGUUAAUCAAAAGAAUCCUUUGCACGUGAUACUUAAAUAAAAGUGAUGCUGUAUACUUAUCCAAAGUGAAUAAAUAUGUGCAUAUCCACAAUUGAAAGAUACGAAUAAAAAGAAUAAAAAAUGAAUUUCUCAUUGAUGUGCACACUUCGAUGACUGAUAAACUAGUUAUUUUUCAAAUUUUACACGAAUUCAUAAGCGUAUAAUCUCAGAACGAAGCAAGACUCCAAACACAGUUUAAUACAGAAAAUUAAUUACAUCAAUUAAAGGAAGGAAAGAAAGAAAGAAAUAAUUAACAUGAUUUGCUAUGUAUUAAAUAAGUUCAUAUAAAGUCGAAAA